AUGAGGCUGAAAUGGCGUACAAUUGUCAUCUUUGGUGUAGUGUGGGGUGUAGGAAUCUUGGUCAUGUACAUUUACCUGAGUCGUCAGAAGGGUCGGUCUGUGGGCCAAUCCCCAGAGUUGCAGUAUGCCAAAGGUCUGAAGGUGAGGCAACAGGGACAUAGGGAGAGAGAGGAUGACAGGGAUGAACUAUCAAGAACACAUGAGUACUGCAACAGUCCUGAAGUAGCUGUCACUGGAGUAGAAGGUCGGGUGAAGGAUGGUUAUGAACUGCGAUCCGUACACAUGAUGAUUCGUCAUGGAGACAGAGCCCCCAUGCACUCUCUCCCAGGCUCAGAACAAAUGAAACUAAUGUUUUGUGAUCUAGAAAACAGCGACCAUUCCGGAAAUCCAAAAGUUGUGAAAUUUCUCAAGAAGAUAAAACAACCUGUAAAGCGAUCGACCUUUGAACAUUAUUCAUUAUAUCCUGAUACGUUACUAUGCCAACCAGCACAGCUUACAGCUAUAGGUGUCCUUCAGCAUUUACUCAAUGGAGAGCACCUCAGGGAACAAUAUAUAGACUUCUGGAAUCUCCUGAAGACAGAUUUUGAUCCUGAACAGUAUAUUCUUGUAAGCACAGACAGCAGUCGGACAUACCAGAGUGCAAUUGCAUUGAUGAGUGAAUUUCAUCCAAACUUUGACCUUAACAAGAUCAAUAUUGAACAAACCAAUUCUGUAUAUUUCUGCUCAGAGGAUCUGGGAAUUCCAUGUGACACAAAUUGUCCUUUGUUACAGGAGCUUGAGAGUAGAUGGCUCCACCAGCUUAUUGCUUACUUGCAAAACAGUACAGGGCUUGCUGUUAUAAAGCAUCAGCUUACCAAGACUAUGGGAUUAACUGCCGCUAGAUUUGUGUCCCCAGGCAUGCUUCUAGAUAUAUUCAUGGGAUACAUGUGUCAUAGGCGUGAUCUUCCGUGUUUCAAGGACAAAUGCAUUCAAAUACCAAUGGUUGAUCAAAACUGGAAAAUUCUCGACCACAUGGGUGCCAUAGAUGUUAAAAAUGAUUUGAAUAUUGCUGUUAGCAUGCUCAAAGUUUACCCAUUCCUUUUGGAUAUAACUCAGAGGAUGCAAGCCAUUGCUGAGGGUAAAUCCAAGAUUCGGUUUUCGCUAUACUCAGGCCAUGAUUCCUCCCUAAUGCCUCUUAUUCAUGCACUAAGAAUCUCAUCAGGUGAAUGGCCAGGAUUAGCUUCAAGAGCAAUAUUUGAACAUUAUUCUUCAAAGUCAACUGAAAAACAAUAUGUUAGAUUUGUCUAUAAUGGUAAAGAUAGGACUAGGGAUCUCAUGUUUUGUGAGGAUGAAAUUCAUGAUGAUCUGUGUCCGUUGGAAGUUUUCCAAUCAGCCAUUGCUAAAAGUAUGUCUUUGAAACAUUUAAACCCAAAGAAAACAUAUUCAGAGAUUUGUUCCAGAGAUUUUUUGAGGAAAAGGUGAUUUAUUCUUAUAUAUUAAAACUCAAGUCAUAUACAGGGUGUCAAAAAACCUCCUCUGCUGAAAACAACAACUUUUAGGUACAUGGUGUGUUACAGUGUAUAUCAACUCUAAGGGAAUUAAAUUUUGGACUAACCUUUGAAUUGUUAGCCUUUUAUGAUUGAAUUUCACAGAUAUAGCGUACAGUUCAGAGUUUGUAUGGCCACCCUUUUUGAGGAUAGUGGAAAAUCAGAAAAUCUAUAAGAUCUUGACCAAGUGUUCUUUUAUGAUAGCCUAAAACAAUAAGGAAUGAUUAUACAAUGAAACACUAAGACAUACGCUCCAAGAUUGGAUGAUAUAUGCUGCAAUGGGUGGUUAUAUGGAUUCUGAACAUUAGGUUGAUAAGCCUCAGCCACAUUUGCUCUUCAGCUUCAAAAAAUCUAUAAAGAAAAUCUACAUCGUAUUCGUACUGCUUAUCACUAUAUUUUAUGCUGCAUAUUUCUCUCAAUUUUCGGAAGCUACUAUCGUAGUAUGGUUGUCAUAGAUCAAAUGGGACUGAGGCAUUACUCUGUAAGGUCCGUAUUAACUCCAGCAUGAUACAAUACAUUAUUACCUAUUUUUACCCAAGUUUUACUGCAUCGUGGAUAUAUUUUGUUUUUGACAUUCUGUAGAUGUUCAUAGAUUUUAAAUACUUUUUUAAUGUUGUGACAAACACUUAUUGUAAGAGGUGCCAUUUACUUUAGUGUAAUUUUAGGUGUACAGCAAUUUGAAAAUAUUGAGUUUUAUUUUUGCUUUAUUUUUAUACACAAAACCUCUUGAUACAGUAUAUGUAUAUUUACUUAAAUAACUUUUCCCAAUUUAUUGGGCUUUAUUGGAUCAUCACUUAAUGUAUGACUCAGUAUUCAAUGAAUGUACCUGGAGGAUUGAUUGUAUAUUAAAUCAAUUAAUAAAACAUUUGUUAAUCCCCUAAUUGUUAAGCUUGGGAGGGUAAGCCAUGGUAUUUUUGUGUGAAUAUGAAGUUGUGUAUUCACAAUUUAAAUUUUCUAAAAUGUAUUUAAGUAAUUGAGAAUGUUUUUAAAUUCUCAACAGAUCCUUUUUAUUCCCUUUUUAAUUCCUAUAUUUAUAAUCCAUUCAUUACCAAUUACAAACUAUAUUUUAAUGACCACAUACUGUUCUGUUCAAUUCAAUACCCUCUGUGAAUUGAAUGUUGAAUUUUUACAGUAAGGCACUUUGGAAUAAUCAUCUGUUUAGCAGAAUUUGUAUUUAAUUUGCAAUAGGGUACUUUAUUACCAAAUCAAACAAAAAAAAUCAACGGAUAUUCCUUUCAUAUGAAACAAUAUAAAAUAUGCAAAAUAUGUGCAUCACUUGCGUAUCCAGGGGGGGGGGGGCUGACUCAAAAUGUGGGUCCCCUUGUUAGCUUCUGGAGCCGCCAGUGUGCAUUACAUGGCUAAUAUAUAAGCUAGGGCAUAAUCCACCCCUCGAAAUGAG